AUGACCUCCGGACUGAAGCUCUACGGCCAUGUGCACUCGCCGUUCGUGCGUCGCGUGCUGCUGACGCUCUACGAGAUGGGCGUCGAGGAUUUCGAGAUGAAAGUGGUGAACACGAGCAAGGGCGACAACAAGACGCCCGAGUACUUCGCCAUGAACCCCUUCGGCAAGAUGCCAGUGCUGGACGAUAACGGUCGCUACCUCUAUGAGUCGCGUGCCAUCAUGCGGUACAUAGCGGAGAAGUACGCGGAGGGCAAGGCGAACCUGGUGGGGGCGGACGUGUGGGAGCGCGCGGAGGUGAGCCAGUGGACGGACGUGGAGGCGCACAGUGUGACGGAGCAGGUGGCCGUGGUGGUGGAGGAGAACUUCCUUAAGCAGCUCAUGGGCAAGGGCGAGCCGGACAAGGCGCGCGCUGAUGCUGCCAUCGAGAAGCUGGGGCGGCUGUUUGACAUCUACGAGAAGCACCUGCAGGGGCGCCAGUACCUGGUGGGCGGGCGGUGCACACUGGCGGACCUCACCCACCUGCCGUACACCGAGAUCCUCUUCCAUGCCGGCGCCGGUGACCUUAUCACAUCGCGCCCCAACGUGGCAAAGUGGUGGGAGCGCAUCUCCUCCCGCCCCGCCUGGAAGAAGCGCCCGCCCGCGGGCCCGCCCUCCGCGCUCGCCGCACCUGCCCUAAACGCCCGCCGCGCGCCUGUUUCUGCCCUUGCCCGCGCGCCUGCUCUGCGCCCGCCCGCGCGCCUCUACGCCCGCUCGCCCGCGCGCCUGCCCUGCGCACGCCCGCGCGCCUCUACGCCUGCCCGCUCGCGUCCCUGUCUGCGCGCCUGCAGCUGCGCCCCCCCGCGCCAUCUUGCCGCCGCGCCUGCCGCCGCGCUUGCUGCCGCGCCUAACGCUACGCCCUGCCGGCCUAGUCGCUUCCGCUUCCGCUAUGGCGACCCCUAG